UCGCAAUGACAAACAAGUGAAAAGUGAACUUAAAAAUUAACACUAUAUCAUCAUGUUAUUCAAGUAAAUUUGCAAUUUCAAUGUCAGAGCAGACACUGCGUAAUUUUUAUUUUAAAAGACCUUCGGAGAUAAAUAAUGCAUAAUCUUCAUAUUUGUGAGUAUCAAAAGCUUUCUUUCUAUGUCUCACAUUUACUGCUCUUUUCUCGGACAAUUAUACGCUACAACAAGUGGAAGAAAUAAUGUCCAUAAACAGGCAAACGAAACGGUAUACGAAUGUACUGUUUAUUUCUUGCAAGAAAUAAGUAGGCCUACGUAUUAUGAAAAGUCAAAUAUAUUGUUCAAAUGUUCUCUAUCCAGUGGGCUUUCGACAAACAAACGUACAUCAUGCGAUGAAAAAAAGAUUGAAACAUUUUUCAAAUUGAUCGAAUAAAGACUAAUUCAACCCUUACAUUACAAACAUGAUCAUUGGGUGAGACAAAUCCGUUUGAAAUUUGACGAAAUUAAAUGGAUAAAUGUUGAAAAACACUGACCUCUAAUCACUUGAAAUGACCAAUGCCUCAAUUCCUUGCAGCAUUCGCGCGUUUCUUCUUGAAACAAAUUUGGAGUUAAAACCAAUAUGAUUUUGGACGUAAAAAGUUUGAACAUGUGCGGGAAAACCAGUUAUCACAGAUAUCAGCUUAUUUGAAGUUUCACUUUUAGUCUAGGAACUUGUUUCCUUUUCUUUUAGGGGUGGGGGUAAUUAGUCUCCUACGACCAUGCAAUGUACAUUGAAUGAAAUUUCUUACAUUCUUCAAGUUGCUGCUUGAAUGCAAAACUUCAAUGUCAUCACUUCCUUAAAAGUGUUUUCAAUUUGAGGGGAAUCUCUAACAACACUCUUUUAUAUGUCGUUUUAAAACAGGUUUGAACAAAUUCUUUCACAAAGUCUGAUAACAGUAGUUCUCAAUGCUAAAUUUAAUACAAGUCCGUUUUGCGCGCACGUCAUUUUUUAAAAUGGGAAUGAUAGACGAUGGGUGUACAGCAUGGAACACUGCCGACAUUUAUUGACAACGCGCUGCAUGCACAGGAGCCGAUAGAGGGCGGCACAUUUAUAACAAGAUGGCGACGGGCAAUCAGUGGGAAGGUAAAGACACGUUGGAACUUCGCUUUCUGUUCUGAUCUGCGUAAGCAGGCAAGACAAGUGGAAAAUGAAAUUGACUUGAAGUUGGUGUCUUUCAGUAAACUUGGAACGAGUUUCAGUGCCCAUAGUGAUAGAGACCUGAGCUCAUCGGACACUUCACCACUUCUAAAUGCUUCCAACAGUGAGAGAAUGUUUGAUACUAUGGCCAUGGAGAUAGAGAGGUUACUGUCAAGGUUGUCUGACAUCAAUGACAAAAUGGCAGACUAUGCUACCAAUGUGUCAUCCACUGCCCCCAGUGCAGCCCUCUUACAUACCUUACAACGACAUCGAGACAUCCUACAGGAUUACAGUCAUGAGUUUAAGAAGACCCAAGCCAACAUCUCGGCUUGCCGGGAACGAGAAGAUCUCCUUGGGUCAGUCCGAAGAGAGAUUGACUCCUACAAGAACUCAUCGGGUCUGAACCGCAGAACAGAUCUGUACCUCAAAGAGAACGAACAUAUAAGAAAUGCUGACAGAAUUGCAGAUGAGACAAUAGGAGUUGCCAUAGCAACAAAGGAAAAUCUGAUGUCACAGCGAGGUACACUGAAGAAAAUCUCCACCGGUGUGACCAACAUGGCCAAUCGAUUCCCAGUUAUCAACAGCCUAGUUCAAAGAAUAAACCUCAAGAAGAGAAGAGAUUCCCUCAUCCUAGCCGGCGUCAUUGCUGUGUGUAUCAUAUUUAUUCUGUGGUUUGCAUUCCGUUAAAUGGAGCAGCAUACACUCUUACCUAACUACUGAAAGCUAUCUUGAGGUUCAGGAAGGCUUCUGUAUGAUCUAGACGUCUUGUCUUGGUGAAAGGUAUAAACAGACUGUGGCCUGCAAGGACUCAUUGAAAAUAACCACAUUGGCCUUCUGCACUGUUUCCCAUUCUGCCAGUGUCAUGCAAUUAUGAUACACUUACAUGUAAUUGAUUUCCAGAUUUCAAGUUCUUAUUGGGUGUGCACCUGCAAAGGCUCAGGCUUUCCAUGGUGUAAAGUUUGAAAGCGUUCAAAACAGCAGAAAAGGCAGAAAAAGUUAUAGCUUGACAUAUUUUCUCAUAGAAUUGGUUUAGCAGUCACAUUGGACUAUUAACCAUAAGCUGUUUGGCAUGAGCCUGACCAUUGGAGGUACAUCUUCAGCAAAACCAUCAUCAUUUACAUGUAUAGCAUAGUUUAUGUGUUAUAUACUUGUAAGAGCAAAUCCUGCCUCUUAACAUCUAACUGAAUGCCACUCACCAAUAGCUAUUGCUAGAGAUGUAAAUAAUUCACAUUUAUUGUGUCAAUUGAGACGAUUGUUUUCUUAAGAUUUUCUAAAUAUUCCAUCGGACUCAAUACUCUUGACUCAACUCACCAGACUUCAGUACUUGGAGGGAAUUUCAGGGACUAUCCCUUCACAAGAAUGAAAAGCUAAAAAAGCAAUUUCCACGAUUCAGUUAGUGUCAUUGUCAUCAUUGUAAAUAAAGUAACUUGUACACAUUUAUCCGUUAUUUUGUUGCAAGAUCAUGUGUAUUUACUAAAUGCAACAUCACCAGAAAUCAUAGUGUAAUUAUGUUUGUAAAAAGUAAGGUAUUGGGCAAAAAAAGAACUACAUGCAUACAUUCUA